AUGCCACCUCCCCUCCCCUCCCACCAUCGCGGCAUGACCGCAAACCCCGUCCGACCAAGCAGAUACCGACCCGGCAAAGCCAUCGCAGAGGAGCCCUCCUCGUCCGAAGAAGAGGAUGAAGAUGAACAAGAAGCUAAAAAGGAAGCCGAGCGACAGAGACAGCAGGAACGGCGCAGACUCGAACAACAGCGACGACAAGCUCCCAAGGCGAGCUCGUUUCCUGCGGGUGCGGCGAAGAUUGCUCGGGGUGUGAAGGAUGUGAAAAUCGAGGAGGAAGAAGCAGAUGAGGAUGAAGAGGGGUUUGUGACGGAGGAGGAGGAGGAAGAAGAAGAGGCCAAGCCUGCGAAGGCGGCUGCUCCUGUUGCUGGCGACAGGGUGGCUGCUCCGGCGCGGACGGCUACGGUGAAGGAGAUAUCGGAAGAAGAGGAGGAGGAUGAAGAGGAAGAGGAAGAGAGUUCUGAAGAAGAAAGCAGUUCCGAAGACGAGGCUCCGCGCAGAGUGCUUUUACGACCUACGUUCAUCAAGAAAGACAAGCGCAACAACGCCCCCGGUCAAACACAGAACGGCCAAGCUGCGUCAGGCACAGUGGUGGAUACUUCAGCCGAGACAGAGGCGCGUCGGAUACAGCGACAGGAGAAAGCAGACGCCUUGAUUCGGGAACAACUAGAGAAAGACGCCAUUGCGCGGAGCGAGGCGAAUCGGGCGUGGGAUGACGACGAGCUCGAGGUGGGCGAAGAAGGUGCAAUUGACGAUACCGACGGAAAGGAUCCAGAAGCGGAGUACGCAGCAUGGAAGCUCCGAGAGCUGAAGCGCAUCAAGCGCGAGCGUGAAGCGAUCGAGGCUGCAGAGAAGGAGCGAGAAGAAGUCGAGCGGCGCAGGAAUCUCACUGCCGAGGAGCGCGAUCGCGAAGACCGCGAAUACCUCGCCAAGCAGGAGGAAGAGAAGGAGGCUAAUCGCGGCCAGGCCGGGUACAUGCAGCGAUACUUCCAUAAGGGAGCGUUUUUCAGCGAAGACAUGCAGCGCGAGGGACUUGCUCAGAGGAAUAUCAUGGGUGCGAAGUUUGCGGACGAUGUCUCGCGGGAGACUCUGCCCCAGUACAUGCAGAUCCGUGAUAUGACGAAGCUUGGAAAGAAGGGACGCACGCGCUAUAGGGAUCUGAAAUCAGAGGACACAGGUCGUUUUGGCGAAGGGUUCCAGAACAGGUCUCGUCAUCGCGAUGGUGGAGCUCCCAUUGGCAUUACCGACGAGCGAUUCAUGCCUGAUCGUGACCGUGAUGAAAGACCCAAGGGACCCACUGGGGCGAAUGCCUCUGCUGUGCGCGAGAGACGGAGGUCUAGGUCACGAUCAUACUCGCCGCGACGAGAGCGUCGCGAUCGUUCAGCAGACCGGUAUAGGCCCGAUACAAGCAGUCGCAGGAAACGGAGCCCGUCACCUUACGAAGAUCGGGAGAAACGGAGGCGCGUGAGUGUUUCGCCAGAACGGUGA